AUGAAUCGCCUUCCGGACGAGAUUCUCCUCCUUAUUGUUGACAACAUCGUCUUGUUCAAACAUAAAUACCAGUUUCUCCAGGUUUGUCGCCGUUGGCGGUCAGUCCUAUUCAAGGCGGUCUACGACUAUGUCUGGAUAGAGGGACAUCAGAUUCGCCCUCUUCUCUUGGCCAUCCAGCAGAACCCCGCGAUAGGAUCUUCCAUCAAAUAUUUCAGGUUGCACUGGUGGUCCUGCUAUACAUGGGAUAAGGAGAAUCACGAUAUCACUUCUGUUCUACCGCUUGUGAAUCGGAUUAGCCAAUCAGAGGAGGAAACGAAAGAAUGGGAGGAAGCUUUGAUAGAGGGCAAUCAGGAUGCAUGGCUUGGCCUACUGCUCUUGCACAUGGAGAACAUGACAAGCUUGUUAAUGCAUUAUACAAGGCAACCCAAAUUUCUCCGUCGAGUUAUCUCACGCGCCGCAAUACGUGAGAAGCCAUUUGACACGAUGCCAAUUCUACAGCAACUGGUCGAUGUCGGGAUUGACUCCUCGGACGACAAUAAAGCAUGGUUCCACAAGACUGAAUUUCUCCCCUUCUUCCAUCUUCCGGCUCUGCGGUCCGUGAGCCUGGACUCCGUGGUUGAGUCAAUGGGUGUUCAAAUUGACCACCCGGCUUUCAAGCCUGCCAAGGGUACCUCUCCAGUUGUCGAACUCGAGUUUGGUGCACACCCUAAUGGCAGUAAGGGCAUGGCGGACUUUAUUACAUCAUGUGCGAACCUCGAGAAAUUCAAAUAUCAACACUCAAAUCAGGUGAUAUGGGGAGAACGAUAUAUGAACUUCCGUCCUCGGGCAUUCUACUCUGCGCUUUGUACGCAAAAGCACAGCUUGCAGGUCCUUCAUUUGAACGACGGAGGGGAGACGCAGCAAUCUCUUGACGACGACGACGAUGAUGAUGAUGAUGACGCGAGCGUUCCCCCAACCGACUGGUUCGGGUCAUUGGCGGAUUUCACUAAGCUAUGGGAUCUCCGGAUUCCUGCCUCCACAUUGUUGAAUUUCCACUUGAGUGAUGACAAACCAAAAGUAUCGUCGCUCAAAGAGAUCUUGCCGUCUAGUUUGAAAUGGCUUUGUCUGUCGCAUUAUGAAGACUCCCUGAGGGAUCAAGUCAUAUCCAAUCUGCUGGAGGUGGUGGCUUGUCGGAAAGAGAAGUUUCCGUAUCUCGAGGAAGUGGAGAUCCAGUCAUAUUGGCAGAAUACUCGUGAGAGUUUAUCUGCCAAGCAGGCUUUUACGCCACUGAUUCAAGCUGGUGAAGAUGUGGGGAUCGAUAUCCUUGUAUUUCCUUCAUUCUACAGACAAAGGAGAGCGUAG